UCAAGUCUAUACGUUUAGUCGGUUUUUAACGGAUUUUGAAGGCUUCUUUCUUUCCCCCACAAAACUGACUAACGUCUGCAGAAUAAAGGGGGUCUGAUGUGUAGCAGACACCAUGCACCAACUGUUUGGCCUGGUGCUGGGCAAGAGGGACCUGUCCCGGGCUGGAGACCUCUUCUCCCUGGAGGACUCUGAGAUAGAGGACUGUCUCUCACAGGCCCUGGAGGAAAUCAAGGCUAUCUCCUGCUCUCCUGACUACCUGACCAAUGACAAUGACCAGGCUGUGGUGGAGAUCUGCAUCACGCGUAUCACCACGGCGAUCAGGGAGACACGGUCCAUCGAGCGCCAUGGUGGGGCACUAGUGGGUCUGUGGGAGUCCUGUCUGGAACACAACCUCACCCCCCAGGGUAAAGACGAAGACACACCCCAUGCCAAGAUAGCCUCCGACAUCACCAGCUGUAUUCUGCAGAACUACAGUCGUCCCCCAGUGAUGGCUCUAGCAGUGCCGGUGGCAGUGAGGUUUCUACAGAGAGGCAACAGAGAGCUCAGUAGAAACAUGUCCAGUUAUCUCUCUCUGGCUGCCAUGGCUAAGGCUGAACUACUGGCAGAACACACAGAGGCUAUCACCUGCAGCGUGCUGGGAGUGGCAGUGAUUCUGAUGGUGAUCCGCCAAUGUCUAGGUGUCCAUCUCCCUCUGAAGCUGAUUCAUCCAGCCGGACCCCUGCUGUCUACGGCUCCACACCUACCCGGCCAUCUAGAGGUGUGA